UCAAACCCGGCUCGAGCGUCAAACCCGCCGCUGCACUGCAUCCGAAAGUAAAGCGCACCGCUGAUGCGAAUCAACAUAAACAUAGCCUCUACCAGCCAGCCGAUCAACCUCGACAUACAAUUCUAUUCCGCACCCCAUUCUAUGUUGUUGUGUGUUCCUGCCACCGUCGACUGGGCCGAGAAAAAUUUAUGUAUAGGUGUCAAGUGGUCGCCGAUGGAAAGAACGAACGAACGAACGUACGAAGCUGACAGCAUGUGGGUUUCACAAGCAUCGCCAUCGUCGUCGUCGUCGUCUCGUAGUUGUGGUCUCCCACUGACUCGAGCUGUAGGGUAGCACAGCGCAGUCAAACAGGCUGUGUACAUAUGCUGCGAGUCUGAUUGGACGGUCAUCAUCGCCGUCGCCAUCGCCGUCGUCGUUGCGUCGUCAGAGCCUGUUCCAUAGUUCAUCAGUAAGCGAGUGAGCGAGUAUGCGUCAGUACUGCCACACGGGAAGUAGCGUCUAAUUGCGAGGUCACCGAUUUUCGGAGAAUUUCCAUUGCAAAAGUGUUAUUUUCGUUUAUCAGCUUCAUCUCUACUGCAUGACAGUGAAUUUUGGCAGUCGCGUGUUGUGUUUUCGAAGUGCAGGAGUGCAGUUUCAGUGCGUUUUUUGAACGAUUGAAAGUGGCUAUCGCUGCGUAGCAUUAGGGAUCAAAACCAAGACGACAAUCUUGGACGAAGCAUAUACGAAGAAGAGAAACAUACACGGAGGCUCAAGUUUAUGCCUCAUGCUGCUGCUGCUAUCCGGUAUCUUUGCUGUGGUAACGACACUUGAGCCCGAAGGGUGAUACUUCGACGAGCGGCUGCAUGUGUGUGUGAGUGUAUUCGUGCGAGAGCGUUUAAGGUGAACCAUCUUGCUCGCUGAAGUGUGCAGAGGAUAAAUAAAGAACCCCAGGAAAAGAAAAUAAAAACAACAAUGUUCACCAAACAACUCCUUUUCUGGUUUCUGCUAAGCGGAGUGACGUUCGUGUGUUGCGCCGGAUUCGGUGGUUCCAGUGGUCGAUCCGGGGGUCUCUACAGAUAUGGCGACAUGGCCGCGGCUCCGGGUGGAUCUCGGAUACCGCCGCAGCGGUUCUACAUGCCAGCAGGACUCGGCAAUCCCGACGAUCCGAAUCGGUACCACCUAGCGACGACCCCCAGUCAGCAGUCGACGAGUGCCCCGAAGGCGAGCCGCAUCUCCGCAUGGGGAAUCAUUUCGAUCGUGAUGUUUGUGAUCAUGAUCGGAGCCGGAGCCUACUGGGGCUUUAUCUGUUUUCCUUUGUUCUGCAAAAAGGAGCGAAACUACAACAUGAUGAUGAACAUGUCGUCCGCCACAACCGCCACCCCGACCCGAUCGACCGAGUUCGAGAAGCUCGAAAACUACUGUGCCAAAUCGACCACAUCGAGUCGAAGUAACGACACCGGUAUCAGCAACAUUUGAGAGGCCAUCUCAGCGGCAGGGAAAGGUCAGGUUAAUUCUACUACGACUAUUGAUACCUACUAGCUGAUAAGCUUCGACGACUAGACAUCUACGUUUCAUUACAAGUGCGAAUUAACGAUCUACUUAGGAAUACUUUUUGCUUACGGAACCAAUUUUCUAGCUUGCCAUAGAAAAUAUCUUUUUUUUAGAAAUUUAGUGAAAAAAACCCCCGAAAUAAUUCAGUGAGUGAGAAAGAUGUGAAAGCUUAUGUUUAAGGAUACUCGUAUAAACUACUUGCUAAGAGACUGAUGUUCUAAUUGAUAGAUAAACGCGAUAGUAUUAUGAAUGUAGACAAUAUUCCAAAUAAAUAUAAUAAAUUCAA